AUGCCUUUCACCUCGAGCGACAUCUGCAAAAUCAUCUUGGCCAUCAUCCUCCCCCCUCUGGGCGUCUUCCUGGAGCGAGGAUGCGGCGCAGACCUCCUCAUCAACAUUGUCUUGACAAUCUUCGGCUACAUCCCCGGCAUCAUCCACGCCCUGUACAUUAUCCUCAAGUACUAG